CAAUAUGGACAGUUAGUUGAAUAGUUUUGACAGUCUUAUGUUUUCUUGUUUGUUUACAAAAAAAAGGCGAAAAAGAAGUUCCGUGACCUAGAGAUCGAUUCGCUUUGGCAGUGCACCACAUUUUAGAAGGAUUCACAUUAACAACAUGAGUUCAUGGAUCAAGCUGGUCGACUCAUCAUCGAACGUAAUUGAGAAACGACGGAAUAGAUAUAAACGUACGCAUCGUGAUUCCGUGCCCGCAAUUAUAGACGAUGAUAGUUCAGAUGAAAAUUGUGAUUUGAAUUCCUCAAUAUCACCGAAAAAGAGAAGAGUUUUGCCACUCGAGCGUCUUACCAUUGAGAACGAAAAUUAUUCGUCUGACGAUUGUUGUGAUGUGGAGUAUAAUCCAGAUGGUGUCGUUUUACCGAAAACUGAACACCGUAAAAUUAAAGCAACCCUUCCAAUAGUGGCAUCACGCUCAGUAACAAAUCAACCGUCAACCAGUCAUUCAGCAAGCAAGUCAAGAUCAAAGUCUUGGAUUACUUGGACGACGACUCCGAAGCCAAAUAACGAAUCAAAUUUAUCACUUGAAAUCGACGAUUCAAUCAGUGAUUCAAGUGAAUCAAGCACUCACACUUUGAUCGAUGAGUCUUCCACAGAUGGUUCGCUCAUGCAGUCGCCAAUCGUUGACGAACAAGAAACAGUGAUAGAAACUCAGGAAUCGAUAACACCGCCCGUAGCACCGUUCAUCGCAUCCGCAACCAACCUGCCAAAGAAACGUAAAGUUCGAACGAAAAAGGGUGGCUUGGUCGAGCAGUUAAGGAAGGCUUUAUCUCAAUCCAAAUCGAAUGUCUUGUUUUGGCAGCAUCAUCGAUCAGCCGAUUUGAUACCACCAGGAGACGUAGUGACUGUUGAUCGCGUGGAAAAUACUUACGGUCGAAUAUUGAUACACACGAAUGUAAAUGGUGAGCCAACCAUAUUUUCACUAUGUUCUAGAACAGUGGAUGUUGGAGAAGGAGAUGUUAUUGAAGUGGAAUUUGACAGUGAGCACCUUUAUAAGACAGACAGCCACAAUUUCUAUUCAUAUGUGGACAAAGUUACAGUAAUAAAAAAGAAUAUUUCCAGCUGAACGA